AUGAGUCCAGUUGCCUCCAAAGAGAAGCCACAUGCAGUUUUUGUACCCUUCCCAGCUCAGGGUCACAUAAACCCUAUGCUGCAAUUAGCCAAGCUCCUCAACUACAAAGGCUUCCACAUAACCUUUGUGAACACAGAGUUCAACCACAAGCGCAUGCUUGAAUCCCAAGGUUCCCACGCUCUCGACGGCCUCCCUUCGUUUCAAUUCAAAACCAUUCCCGACGGCCUCCCUCCGGCUGAUGCUGAUGCCAGGCGCAACUUGCCUUUGGUGUGCGAUUCCACUAGUAAAACCUGCUUGGCACCCUUCGAGGCGCUUUUGACCAAGCUCAACUCUUCACCCGAUUCCCCUCCUGUGACUUGUAUUGUUGCUGAUGGUGUCACCAGCUUCACUCUUGAUGCAGCAGAGCAUUUCGGGAUCCCAGAAGUGCUUUUCUGGACAACUAGUGCUUGUGGCUUGAUGGGCUACGUUCAGUAUUACCGUCUCAUUGAGAAGGGCCUCACUCCUUUUAAAGAUGCCAAGGAUUUUGCAAAUGGGUAUUUGGAUACAGAGAUUGAUUGGAUCCCAGGCAUGAAGGAUAUCAGAUUGAAGGACAUGCCUAGCUUUAUUAGAACCACAGACCCAAACGACAUCAUGCUGCAUUAUAUGGUGUCUGAAACAGAGCGAUCCAAAAAGGCUUCUGCCAUUAUUUUGAACACAUUUGAUGCAUUGGAGCAAGAAGUUGUGGAUGCCCUUUCCACUUUGCUACCUCCUAUUUACUCCAUUGGACCCCUUCAGCUACCAUACAGCGAGAUUCCAUCAGAAUACAAUGAUUUGAAGGCAAUCGGAUCGAACCUGUGGGCAGAGAAUACAGAGUGCCUUAACUGGCUGGACACCAAAGAGCCCAACUCUGUGGUUUAUGUCAACUUUGGAAGCACCACAGUCAUGACAAAUGAGCAGCUGGUUGAGUUUUCUUGGGGACUUGCAAAUAGCAAGAAGCCAUUUUUGUGGAUCAUCAGGCCUGGCCUUGUUGCUGGUGAAACCGCUGUGGUGCCGCCUGAGUUUUUGGAGGAGACCAAAGAGAGGGGUAUGUUGGCGAGUUGGUGCCCUCAAGAACAGGUUCUGCUCCACUCAGCCAUUGGAGGGUUCUUGACUCACAGUGGCUGGAACUCUACCCUCGAGGCCUUGUGCGGCGGAGUGCCUCUCAUCUGCUGGCCUUUCUUUGCAGAGCAGCAAACAAAUGUUAGAUACAGCUGCACACAGUGGGGCAUAGGCAUUGAGAUAGACGGGGAAGUUAAAAGAGAUUACAUUGACGGUCUUGUGAGGACAUUGAUGGAUGGAGAAGAGGGCAAAAAGAUGAGGAAGAAAGCCCUUGAAUGGAAGAAGUUGGCAGAGGAGGCCACUGCCCCAAAAGGGUCGUCUUACUUGGCUCUGGAAAAUGUGGUUAGCAAAGUGCUUCUUUCCCCAAGAGAUUAG